GAUGACCAACGCAAAGAUGUACAAUAACAAAAACACAAAUGACGGCAUGGCAUCCGCUGUUGACUUUGAUGUUAUUGCGAUUAUUGCUGUUCCUAAAGAUAAGCAAAGUGCCCGCAACUGCACUUGAACACAGCAAAUAGUAAGCAACAAUGAGCAGCGAUACACCCGCAUUGGAGGUGCUUGUCUUUGGCUCCGCCAUCAUUGACUUCAUCUGCUACACGCCACGCCUUCCCGCUGCAGGUGAGACACUGCAUGGACACAAAUUUCAAAGGGGUUACGGCGGCAAGGGCGCCAAUCAAUGUGUUGCAGCUGCGCGCCUCGGCUCCAAGACAGCUUUGGUGGCCAAGCUAGGUGAUGACAGCUUUGGCGCCGAUUACCUGCAGCAACUGAGCGUCGAGCGGGUGAAUGUGCAGCACGUAGAGCGAGUGCCAGGUGAAAGCACUGGCAUUGCACAGAUCGCUGUGGCCGAUGAUGGCGAGAACAACAUCAUCAUUGUAGUGGGAGCGAAUAAUCUGCUCAGCACCGACGAUGUUGGCAAUGCUAAACAACUCUUUGAACAGGCCAAGGUGCUGGUCUGUCAACUGGAGACGCCAGUGCCGGCAACUCUGGAGGCACUGCGUCAAUUCAAAGGCGUAUCCAUAGUGAAUGCCGCCCCAGCUUUGGCACAAACGCCUCCAGAGCUGCUGAAGUUAGCGAGCAUCCUGUGUGUCAACGAAACGGAGGCGGCCCUGAUGACAGGAGUGACCAACAUUAGCAGCAUUAGUGAAGCAACUACAGCAACGGAGCGACUUAUUGAUCUGGGCGCCAAUACUGUCAUCAUCACUUUGGGCAAACUGGGCGCUGUGUGUGCCCACAAGGAAGCUGGUCGCCUGCAAUCGCAAUAUGUGGCAGCUCCUCAGGUGCCGCCCGAGCUGGUGGUGGACACCACAGGAGCUGGGGAUGCUUUCAUCGGUGCCUUGGCGCAUCACUUGGCCCGAUAUCCGGAGCGUAAGCUGGUCGAGCACAUUGCGGCUGCCUGUGCGGUGGCAUCCAAGUCUGUGCAGCUUCCGGGCACGCAGGCAAGUUUUCCACGCGCCUGAGCGAGACGGCAGCAGCAAGGAAAAAGAGUGAGCGAGAUCAGUGCUGCCAGAAGUGAGCAAAAAAGCAGUUUGCUGCUGAAAUUGGCUAAGCGGAAUUACCUGUUGGUUGUUCACAACUAUAUUUACUAUAUUGUUUGUUUUUUAAUUACCCUCUAGUGAGAAUUGUAACCCAACAACUAGCCAGAGCACUGUUUAAAAAACAAUUAAAGCGAGUUAUGAGUUUCA